UCAGAAGCAAAAACAAAGCCAAAAGGGGCGGACGCAGAAAGCGCUCGGUACGCGUAAUAUAUUUGUAAUAAAUUGGUCAUUGUCCGUUCGACAAAACGUUGCGCAGCAGCAGCAACAACAACGAAAACACAAGUGGCAGUGUUUGUUGGUGUCGGCAACGAGUGAGAGAGAGUGCAAGUGAGAGAAGAGGAAGAACAGCGUUCAGUUCGUUCGUCCGUCAGUUCGCGUGUGUGCGUGCGUGCGUACGUGUGUGUGUGUAUGUUGUGUGAGAGCAAGCGCAAAACAUUCACACAUCAAUUUUGAUAACUGAAAAAGCAAAAAGGCAAAAAAAAAAUAUACAACACAACAAAACGAAGCAAAAGCAGAGUGCAAAAAAAAAAAGCCACAACUCAGGCAGAGAGGCUGUGUGGCGUAGGCGUUGCUGUCCGCUGUCCGCUGCUAACGUAAACGUCGUAACCACGAAAAAUUCGUGAUCGUUAUCGAUAAACCCCUCCAAAAAAGAGAAAAAAAAAAAACAGAAAAAGAAACGUAAAAGUCAACUAAACGAGCUAAGAACAAGUCAUCAUGGAUAAUUUGAUACCGAUCGUCAAUAAGCUGCAAGAUGCGUUCACAUCGCUGGGCGUGCACAUGCAACUGGACUUGCCACAGAUUGCCGUCGUCGGUGGCCAAUCAGCGGGCAAGAGUUCUGUGCUGGAGAACUUUGUGGGCAAAGACUUUUUACCUCGAGGUUCGGGCAUUGUAACGCGCAGACCUUUGAUUUUGCAAUUGAUUAACGGCAUUACCGAAUAUGGCGAAUUUCUGCAUUGCAAGGGCAAAAAGUUCUCCAGCUUCGAUGAGAUACGCAAAGAGAUUGAGGAUGAAACGGAUCGUGUGACGGGCAGCAACAAAGGCAUCUCAAACAUUCCGAUUAAUUUGCGCGUCUAUUCGCCGUACGUGCUCAAUUUGACGCUCAUCGAUUUGCCCGGCUUGACGAAGGUGGCGAUCGGUGAUCAGCCCGUUGAUAUUGAGCAGCAGAUUAAGCAAAUGAUAUUCCAAUUUAUACGCAAAGAGACCUGUCUCAUUCUGGCCGUAACGCCGGCCAACACCGAUCUGGCCAAUUCGGAUGCCCUCAAGCUGGCCAAAGAGGUCGAUCCCCAGGGCGUACGCACGAUCGGUGUGAUCACCAAGCUGGAUCUCAUGGACGAGGGCACCGAUGCCCGUGACAUACUCGAGAAUAAGCUGUUGCCGCUGCGGCGUGGCUACAUUGGCGUUGUGAAUCGAUCGCAAAAGGACAUCGAGGGCAGGAAGGAUAUCCAUCAGGCGCUGGCCGCUGAGCGUAAAUUCUUUCUCAGCCAUCCAUCGUAUCGCCACAUGGCCGAUCGCCUGGGCACACCAUAUUUGCAGCGUGUGCUGAACCAACAGCUCACCAAUCACAUCCGCGACACAUUGCCGGGUCUGCGUGACAAGUUGCAAAAGCAAAUGCUCACCCUCGAGAAGGAGGUGGAGGAGUUUAAGCAUUUUCAGCCCGGCGAUGCCAGCAUCAAGACAAAGGCCAUGUUGCAAAUGAUACAGCAGCUGCAGUCGGACUUUGAGCGAACCAUCGAGGGCAGCGGCUCCGCAUUGGUCAACACAAAUGAGCUCUCUGGCGGCGCCAAGAUCAAUCGCAUAUUCCACGAGCGUCUACGCUUUGAGAUUGUGAAAAUGGCGUGUGAUGAGAAGGAGCUGCGCCGUGAGAUCUCGUUUGCCAUUCGCAACAUUCAUGGUAUUCGUGUCGGUCUCUUCACGCCCGACAUGGCCUUCGAGGCGAUUGUGAAGAGGCAGAUAGCGCUGCUCAAGGAGCCAGUGAUCAAGUGUGUCGAUCUAGUCGUGCAGGAAUUGUCCGUAGUCGUGCGCAUGUGCACCGAUAAGAUGAAUCGCUAUCCACGCUUGCGUGAGGAAACUGAACGCAUCAUUACCACACAUGUGCGACAGCGUGAGCAGCGAUGCAAGGAGCAAAUACUGCUCUUGAUUGACUUUGAGCUCGCCUACAUGAAUACCAAUCACGAGGAUUUCAUUGGCUUUGCCAAUGCUCAGAAUAAAUCUGAGAAUGCUAACAAGACCGGCACCCGACAGUUGGGCAAUCAAGUCAUUCGCAAGGGUCACAUGGUCAUCCAAAACUUGGGCAUCAUGAAAGGCGGAUCGCGUCCUUAUUGGUUUGUGCUCACAUCGGAGAGCAUCUCCUGGUACAAGGACGAGGAUGAGAAGGAGAAGAAAUUCAUGUUGCCGUUGGAUGGUUUGAAAUUGCGCGAUAUUGAGCAGGGCUUUAUGUCAAUGUCUAGACGUGUUACAUUUGCUUUAUUCAGUCCCGAUGGACGUAAUGUUUAUAAGGAUUAUAAACAAUUGGAGUUGUCGUGCGAGACAGUCGAGGAUGUGGAGUCCUGGAAGGCAUCAUUCCUCCGCGCCGGCGUCUAUCCCGAGAAGCAGGAGACUCAGGAGAAUGGCGACGAGGAAGGACAAGAGUCGGCAAAUGAGGAAAGUUCAUCGGAUCCACAACUGGAGCGUCAGGUGGAGACAAUUCGUAAUCUGGUCGAUUCGUACAUGAAAAUCGUCACAAAGACCACACGAGAUAUGGUGCCCAAGGCAAUUAUGAUGCUGAUCAUCAACAAUGCCAAGGACUUUAUCAACGGCGAGCUAUUGGCACAUCUCUAUGCCUCUGGUGAUCAGGCACAAAUGAUGGAAGAGUCCGCGGAGUCGGCCACAAGACGCGAGGAAAUGCUGCGCAUGUAUCGCGCCUGCAAGGAUGCUUUGCAAAUUAUCGGUGACGUUUCAAUGGCAACCGUAUCAUCGCCAUUGCCGCCGCCCGUGAAGAACGAUUGGCUACCAAGUGGCUUGGAUCCACAUCUAUCGCCGCCCAGCCCCGGUGGCCCACGCAAGGCAGCACCCACCGCACAGGGCUCGUUGGGUGGUCGCAAUCCACCAUUGCCACCGGCAACUGGACGCCCAGCGCCCGCAAUUCCCAGCCGCCCAGGCGGUGGUGCUCCUCCGCUGCCAGGCGGUCGGCCAGGCGGUGCUCUGCCACCACCAUUGCUACCAUCACGUCGUUAAGUUGUCAGCCACAGCCACAGCCGAGGCAUUUACUCUCUUUAAAACUAAACUAACCACAAACAAAAAAUCGCUUUCGCUUUAACCAAAACAAAGAAAAGAAAACCAACAAAUCGAUGAUGAUGAUGAACCGAAUGUUAUCUCCGAAAACUCUUUUUAAGUAUAUAUAUUUUGAAAACACAAAACUUCAGGCUAAAGCUCGCGCUCGCGCUCUCUCUCUUCCACCCCCCCAAAUCUCCUCUCUCACAGUGUCCUAUAGAAAAGCUCGCUCAGUGAACUAAAACUUAACAACGAGAUCGCGCCGUUUAUAGACUAGUAUUAUUCCGAAAAUAAAUUUAAUGAAGCGUUCAAUGAUUUAAAAAAAUAUCGUAAAUAUUCUCCGUAUAUAUAUCAUAUUUAUACACACGUAAAAUAUCUGAUUAUUAACGAUAUACAAUAUUUAUAUAGAAUUAUACAGUUUAUAAAUAUUAUGGAAAACAAAAAAAACCAAUUAAAACACAAAUAGCCGGUGAUGACGAAAUAAAGCUUAUGAUCCCAAAUAAUGAAGCAGAAGAAGAAGAAGAAGCACAGUACAGUCAGUCAGAGUUUAUCACGAUCUAUAUACAAUAUAUAUUUAUAUUGGAGAUGAGAACUGUAACUCGCUCGCUCUACUACUCCUUAGACUUUUCAUAGUUUGUUAGUUUUUAUCAUGAGAGACAUGCAUAUACAUACAUAUAGUACUAUAUAUAAAUUAGAUAUGAGGCCUGAUCUGAGCUGAGUUUUGCUAAAUGGAGAACGGACAAAGACCGAAGGAAAACUAGAGUGUGUGAGCAGAGUGUCCUGUAAAUGCUAAAAAUACCAUUCUCAAAAAUGAAAAAGAAAUGAAAAAAGGAAAACAUGCAACAUAACAUAUAAUAUUAUAUAUACCAUAUACGAUAUGAGAACUAUGCUUAAGUUAACUAAAGUACCUUUUUUUGUGUUGUUGUUGUUGUCGUUAAAUAAAAAACAAAAGUGAAAACUAAAUACUAAUAAAGUCAAAAACAAAAGUGAAAACAUUUAUAUAUAUGUAUGUAUAUGUACAAUAUGUAUAUGUAAAAUGAUGAAGCAGCAAAAAACAUUCCACUACAUAAAAUAUACAUGAUAACAAAUUAUUUAAAAAGUUACAAAUGAAUUGUUCAGUAUGUGUACGCAACAAGAUGAAAAAUAAAUACAAUAUAGUUAAAAAAAAAACACAAAAAAAAGAAGAAAAUUAUACAUGCAUAACAAUUUAUAUAUAUACACAAGUAAAAGAGAGAGAUAUAUAUAUAGAUAUAUAGAUAUACACUAACAACACACCUAUAUAUACAGACUGACAUACACAUAUUCUCACAUUCACAUUUAUUAUUGGUCCUCCAGCUGAGAGCUUCGCGUUCACUCUUUUUUCCAGUGUUGUAAAGCGCGUCGGCCAUCUUUCUUUUUUUUCUUUGUUGUUGUUUUUCUUGUUGCUCUCUGCCCCCCUUGAGUAGGUGAAUGCAAGUGUGUGUGCGUGUGUGUGUGUGUGUUGUAGCAAAACAAAUUAAUCGAUCAGAGUUUUGCUUUGUUGAUGGUUAUCUACAUACAUAUAACAGCUAUGUUGACUUUUAUAUUUUUGAUCUUAUUUAUUUUUGCGUUGUUGUUUGCUUUUGCUUUUCGUUUUGAAAUUAAUUGAUUCUCUCAUAAUUUGUGACUAAAUCGAUAAACAUACACACACACUGACAUUCACAC